AUGGCUCGCUGGUCAGUACAACUCUUUGAGUUCUCCCUCCAACCAGAAAAAUCCAAGGGGAUCCGAGGUCAAGCCAUCGCAUACUUGUUGGCAGCCUUCCUAGGGUGUGCAACAACUCCUUUCCACGAAGACAUCCCCGUGGCAGCAGAAUCCAAGUCGUGGUUACUUUACUUCGAUGGUUCGUCACACGGGGACAAAGGAGGUUCCGGGGUUGUUCUGAUCACCCCGGAUGACGAAUUAAUAUCCAAAGAUUUCAAACUCGGCUUCCCAUGUACAAAUAACGCUGCUGAGUAUGAAGCUUUCCUUUUGGGGUUGAAGUUCGCCAAGGACCUUGGAUCUCAAGACAUUGAAGUUAAAGGAGACUCUCAUCUUCUAAUACAGCAAAUGUUAGGAGAAUUUAGCGUUAAAGAGCCGACAUUGAAUGCAUACAGAGACAAAUCCCAGAGAUUAAUCGGGGAAUUCGAGAGUGUGUCACUUGCCUACACGGGCAGAACAACUAAUAAACAUGCUGAUGCCUUGGCCACUUUAGCAUCUAGUUUGCAGAUGAUAAAUAGAAGGAUCCAACGGGAUGGUUUUCAUUGGCCAGAUAUGGUACAACAAGCUCAAACCUUGCAAGACAAUUGUGAAGCUUGUCAAGGAGCCCCGGUACAUGGGAAAGCCUUCAUUAUUGAUGGGGAAGACUGGCGUACCCCAUACAUCGAGUAUCUGACUGAAGGGACUCUUCCAUAUGAUAAAAAAGCUGCCAAGAAGCUGGAAAAGAGAGCCCCUAAAUUCUUCGUCAUAGAUGGGGAACUCUUUCGCCGAUGCUUUAAUAAAAAAACGCUAAAAUGUGUGGAUCAAGCAAAUGCCACUCGCAUCAUGGAAAUAAGUCAUGACGGGGAACACCAAGGAAAGGCAAGACUUUUCACUCAAAUCCACGAUGCAGGGUAUUACUGGCCAACAAUGGAAAGUGACAUCACUGAAUAUGUGGAAAAGUGUGAGCAAUUCCAAAUCCAUGGGAAUUUAAUCCAUGCACCACAUACCAUGCUCCAGGACACUUGUACUCCAUGUCCCUUUCACAGUUGGGGGCUAGACAUCAUCGGACCAAUCAACCCUAAAUCAUCUAAACAACACGAAUACAUCAUCACUGCCACGGAAUAUUUCACAAAAUGGGUUGAGGCUAUACCGCUAAAGGGAACUACCGGAGAAGUGAUCUCGGCCUUUAUCAAAGAACACAUAGUAUGUCGUUUCGGAAUUCCUAUGUACAUCAUUUCCGACAAUGGUACACCCUUUGUCAAUAGCGAUGUAACAAAGCUCUUGAGAGCCUUCUGA